AUGGGUGUAACAAUCUUCAGCUUAUGUGCAAGGAUUUUCUUCAAUCUCCUCGGAGAGGUAGGACUCCAAACUUGCGUAGCCGCAGACCGUCCUAGCCCUCUUGGUCCUCAAGGGAAGAACCGGCGUGUGCAAAAGCCAACUGGAUCUGUUUCUGACUUUAGAACAGCAAUAGAGUUGAAUCCUACUAUACUAGGGGUAGAUUGGUCACUACAAUUUGAGAAGGAUGAUUGGAGGAUUAAGGUUAGGGCCAUUAGGACUUGGAAGGUCCCUAAUUAUGAGAAAAAGGGAUUUGAUGACAAUCUGGAGAUGAUUCUGGCAGAUGAACAUGGUUCUACGAUCCAUGCUACUGUCAGAGGGACUUUGCAAGUUAGAAAAAAAAUUAUAGAAGGGGAAGCGUACUUUAUUAGAAAUUUUGGAGUUGGAUUGAAUGGUGAAGGUUUCAAGGCAACUAGGCAUGUUUACAAAAUUUCUUUCAACUUGAGGACAGAUGUUAAGGCCAUUGUUGAUGCUACCAUACCUGUCAAUUAUGUCAUCGGUUUACUGACUGGAACUAGCGAAGUUGAAGAGCAUGAUGUGUUUGGUAGGAAAGCAAAAAAAAUUAUGCUGGAGCUUGACAACCGCAGGGAGCAUUAUGUUGAUGAAGUGCAGAGUUUUUUGGCAAAUAAUCAGGCUUCUCAGAAUGUUAUAAUAGUUCAUCUUGCAAAGAUGAAGGAUUUCAGAGGUCAAAAGUCAAUAACUAAUACAAGAUAUACAACGCAUCUCAUUAUGGAUUCGAAUGUAACAAAAAUUAAUGAAUUCGAGAAAAAGCUUGGAAAUGUUUCAGCGGAUUGUAUUCGUGGAUUGUCCCAGUUGUCUACUCAAUCGACAUAUUCCUUUGAGAAUGAUUUUCUUAAAAAUACAGAAAGAAAGUGUAUUACUGAUAUUAAAAUUUCUACCGAGGUUAUGACGUGUAUUGCUUACGGAACUAUCAAAGCAAUUGAGAGUAAAUACAACUGGUGGUACAAAUCCUAUAAGAAAUGCCCGUAUUAUGUUUUUGAAGAUUAUGAGAAAUGGUUUUGUAAAAAUUGCCAAAAACAUUGGAGUGAUUAUCAACCAAGAUUCAGUGUUCAAGUCAGAGUUGUUGAUAACACCGAUUCUGCAUCGUUCAUUCUCUUUGAUAGAGAUUGUGUUACUUUGUUGGGUAUGAGUGCUUCUGAUUUGCGUGAAUUGCAAUACAAGAGCGGUGCUGAUUUGGAACAUUAUCCAAAAGAAUUUGAUGUUCUUGUUGACAAGUCCAUGCUGUUCAAGAUUAAUGUUAGAAAAAACAAUUUUGACUCAUACAGUGAGCCUAAAUAUCAAGUUUCUAAAGUUUGCACCGACGAAACUAUUAUGUCUUCCUUCAUCAAGUCUGCAACAGAAUUAAAUGAUGAAACUUUGUUUGAUCAAGCUUUCGACAAUGACAUUGUUGCUGCUGAAAAUGGAAGAGCUGCGGAUGUUGCGAGUCAGACAUGUGAAAGUGCAGAUCCUGUUAAUGAUUCUCUGUCUAUGAUGACACCGUCUGUCAAUUCUAAUGAAUUUAUAGACGAAAUUGCGAAUGAAGACAACGUGGCAGAUUAA